CUGAGCUCCUGGGGUUAUAAGGACUUUUCUGACACUCCAGGCCCUUCCCCUACCUUUGCAUUGAUUCAUUGCUUCACUGAUGGGUGGGCCCUGCCAAAACCUCACUAAGAUGUUGUGCUACCAACAGCAGUGCUUUUCUCCUCUCCACCAAGAGCACAUCUCCAUUAAGUGCCCCCAAACACACCCUCUGAUGCACAGAUGGCAGUCAGCAGUGUGCACCCCACAGUAUGUGACCCCCUGCACUCCUCGGCAGCGGUUUCUGUCAUCCAGCUUCUCCCCGCAGCAGUGUGUGACCCAGUGCAUACCACGGCAGCAGUAUGCAACCAAGUGCAUUCAACAGCAACAGCGUGUGACCCAGCACAUCCCACCCACCAGGUGUGUGACAACCUGUGUGCCACAGCAGUCAUGUGCCACCCAGUGCACGUCGCAAGAGGCAUGUGUGACCAAGUGUGUGCCCCAGCAGCAGUGUGCAACCAAAUUCAUCCCACAGCAACAAUGUGCAACCAAGUGCAUCCCGCAGCAACAGCAUUCAACCCGGUGUGUGACCACAUGCAUGCCGCAGCAGCCGUUCCUGACCAAGGGAAUCCACCAGCAGCACAGUGCGACCGUGUGCAUCCCGCAGCACUGCGUGACCACAUACACCCCACACCAGCAGUGUGCAACCAGAUGUGUGACCACGUGUGUGCCACAGCAGCGUGCCACCAGGUGUAUCUCGCAGCGUUAUGUGACCGCUUGUGCCCCGCAGCAGUGUGCCACCAAGUGCAUCCCACAGCAACAGUGUGCAACCAGGUGUGUGACCACAUGUGUGCCUCAGCCAUGUGAGACCAACAGCGCAAGCAUCUGUGUCCCACAGCAGCACCAGUGUGCCACCAAGGUCGUCCCACAGCAGCACCAGUGUGUCACCAAGUGUGUCCCACAGCAGUGUGCCACCAAGGGUGUUCCACAGCAGCACCAGUGUGCCACCAAGGUCGUCCCACAGCAGCACCAGUGUGCCACCAAGGGUGUUCCACAGCAGCACCAGUGUGUCACCAAAGGGAUCCCACAGCAGCAGCAGUGUGCCACCAAGUGUGUCCCACAGCAGUGUGCCACCAAGGGCAUCCCACAACAGCACCAGUGUGCUACCAAAGGCAUCUCACAGCAGCACCAGUGUGCUACCAAGUGUGUCCCACAGCAAUGUGCCACCAAGGGUGUCCCGCAACAGCAGCAGGGUGUUACCAAGUGCGUCCCACAGCAGUGUGCCACCAAAGGGAUCCCCCAGCAGUGCCACUGUGCUACCAAGUGCAUCCCACAGCAGCAGCACCAGUGUGCCACCAAAGGAAUCCCACAGCAGCACCAGUGUGCCACCAAGGGCAUCCCACAACAGCAUCAGUGUGCUACCAAGGGCAUCCCACAACAGCACCAGUGUGCUACCAAGGGCAUCCCACAACAGCACCAGUGUGCCACCAAGUGUGUCCCACAGCAAUGUGCCACCAAGGGUGUCCCGCAACAGCAGCAGGGUGUUACCAAGUGCGUCCCACAGCAGUGUGUCACCAAGGGUGUCCCACAGCAAAGUGUGACUCAAUGUGUCCCACAGCAGCCUUAUCAGUCAGGUGGAGUAAAAAUUUCAAGCCAUUCUAAGAAAUACUGCUCUGCAUCCAAAUGGCCCUGGUAAAGAGGAGCAGGG